CUCGUUGCCUAAACUUCAUCUUGUUCAGACAAAUAGUCAAAGGUUGCACACGCAUGCUAUAGACCCCUUUAAAAGGUGAAAGUUUGAAAAAUUAAGGAUAUAGAGCAUUUCGUUGGGUGUCCUAGAAUUGGUUAUCAAGCAUGGCUAGUCCGGUCGCACAUGCACCUGCGCCGGCGGAGACUAGCCGGAAAAUUAACCGUUCCACAAGGAACAAGUGCCCAACACCAUUCCUGUCGAAAACUUACGAUCUUUUGGAGGCGGAGGAAGAAAAAAGAGGUGGCGAAGAAGCUUCGGAGAUUGAAAGAAAAAAGAUAGUUUCAUGGAAUUCUCAAGGCAAUGGUUUUAUUGUAUGGUCUCCUGCAGAGUUUUCUGAGAUAAUGUUGCCUAAAUAUUUCAAGCACAGUAACUUCUCUAGCUUCAUUCGACAGCUAAAUACUUAUAAAACGGCUUCAAAACGAUGGGAAUUUCAGCACGUGAAGUUCCAGAGAGGGUACAGACAUCUGCUCGCGGAAAUCACGAGAAAAAAAUGCGAGUCGAGUGCAUUUCCAGCAUACCUAAAAGCAUCUGAGGAACACAAAUGUAGAGCCAUGGAAGAAGAAAAUACUCGAGCAUUAAUGAUGCUGAUGGAGGAGAAUAAGAACCUAAGAAGGGAGAAAACGGAGCUGCAAAUGCAAAUAGCUCAUUUCAAGACAAUUGAAAUGAAAUUAUGGGAAUGCUACCAAAAUAAAGUUAGGAGGCUUUGUUAGAUUUUGAAUUGCACUAUCGGUAACGUGUUCAAUUACGAUACCAACAAAUAGUAUUAUACAAUCUACCUUACUAAGUAAGUUAUGAGAAACGGAAAAAAUCUUGUACGAGUAAACAUUAAGCUACUCGAAAGUAAUUUAUCGGCUUUUUGAAUAAUUGAACAUAGACAUUUUCUUCA